CUCUCGCUCGCCCCGGGCGGGCGGGGCCGCAGCCGCGCACCGUGGGCUCGCGCCCCGCCUUUGUCUCCCGCGCCCGCCGCCGGCUGCCCGAGCCGCUUUGUGCGGCGCGGCCGCGGCUCAGCAUGGACGUGACGGUGUCGCAGCUCGUGGAGCUGUUCCUGCAGAGCCCGCUGGUGACCUGGGUGAAAACUUUUGGCCCGUUCGGAAGCGGCCACCAGGACAACUUGACUCUGUACAUGGAUUUAGUGGACGGCAUCUUUUUGAACCAAAUCAUGUUGCAAAUAGACCCCAGGCCCAACAAUCAGCGUAUCAACAAGCAUGUCAACAAUGACGUGAACCUGCGCAUCCAGAACCUGAGUAUCCUGGUGAGAAACAUCAAGACCUACUACCAGGAAGUUCUCCAGCAGCUGAUCGUAAUGAAUUUGCCCAAUGUUUUGAUGAUUGGCAAAGACCCACUGUCUGGGAAGAGCAUGGAGGAGAUUAAGAAGGUGCUGCUGUUGGUGCUGGGCUGUGCCGUUCAGUGUGAGAGAAAAGAGGAGUUCAUUGAGAGAAUCAAACAGCUGGACAUCGAGACCCAAGCUGGCAUUGUGGCUCACAUCCAGGAGGUGACCCACAACCAGGAGAACGUGUUUGACCUGCAGUGGCUGGAGUUGCCAAAUGUGGCCCCAGAGGAGCUGGAGGCCCUCUCCAGAAACAUGGUGUUCCACCUCCGCAGACUCAUCGACGAACGUGACGAGUGCACUGAGCUGAUCGUGGACCUGACACAAGAGAGGGACUACCUCCAGGCGCAGCACCCUCCCAGCCCCGGCAAGUUCUCUAGCCCAGACUCCACACCAAGCCCCACCAGCAGCCUGUCCAGCGAGGACAAGCAGCACCUGGCCGUGGAGCUGGCUGACACUAAGGCCAGGCUGCGGCGCGUCAGGCAGGAGCUGGAGGAGAAGACGGAGCAGCUUGCAGAUACCAGACACGAGGUGGACCAGCUGGUCCUGGAGCUUCAGAAGGCCAAGCAAGAUAAUAUCCAGCUGGCGGCUGAUGCCCGGUCAGCCCGUGCCUAUCGGGAUGAGCUGGAUUCGCUGAGGGAAAAGGCUAACCGUGUGGAGAGACUGGAGAUGGAACUAAUCCGAUGUAAGGAGAAGCUGCACGAUGUGGACUUUUACAAGGCUCGCAUGGAGGAACUGAGAGAAGACAACAUCAUCUUAAUCGAGACCAAGGCCAUGUUGGAGGAGCAACUGACCGCCGCCCGUGCUCGAGGCGAUAAAGUCCACGAGCUGGAGAAGGAGAACUUGCAGCUAAAAUCUAAACUCCAUGACUUGGAACUGGAUCGGGACACAGAUAAGAAACGAAUUGAGGAGCUGCUGGAAGAAAACAUGGUUCUGGAGAUCGCACAGAAACAGAGUAUGAAUGAGUCGGCCCACCUGGGCUGGGAGCUGGAACAGCUGUCCAAGAACGCAGACUUGUCUGAUGCCUCCAGGAAGUCCUUCGUGUUCGAGCUGAACGAGUGUGCCUCCAGCCGCAUCCUGAAGCUGGAGAAGGAGAACCAGAGCCUCCAGAGCACCAUCCAGGGGCUGCGGGACACGUCGCUGGCACUGGAGGAGAGCAGCCUCAAAUGUGGGGAGCUGGAGAAGGAGAACCAGCAGCUUAGCAAGAAGAUUGAAAAGUUGCAAACGCAGCUGGAGAGAGAAAAACAGAGCAACCAGGACCUGGAGACUCUCAGUGAGGAGCUGAUCCGAGAGAAGGAGCAGCUGCAGAGUGACAUGGAGGCCCUGAAGGCCGACAAGGCCAGGCAGAUAAAGGACCUGGAACAGGAGAAGGGCCACCUCCACCAGGCUGUGUGGUCCUUGCGGGAGAGGCCGCCGGUCGACAGCACGAAGAAUGUGGAGAAGGAAAACAGAGCCCUCCACCAGGCCGUGACUGAGGCCGGCAGCAAAGUCAGCCAGCUGGAGCUGGAGAAGAAGCAGCUGCACAGAGACCUGGAGGAGGCCAAGGAGAAGGGGGAGCGGGCGGAGGUGCUGGAGCAGGAGCUGCACCGUCUGGAGAAGGAGAAUGAGCAGCUGGCCAAGAAGGUGACCUCCCUGAAGACGGUCACCGAGAAGGUCGAGGGUCUGGAGCUGGAGAACCGGACGCUGAGGAAGUCCUUGGACACCCUGCAGAAUGUGUCCGUGCAGCUCGAGGGCCUAGAGCGGGACAACAAGCAGCUGGACCAGGAGAACCUGGAGCUCCGGAAGAUGGUGGAGGCCAUGCACUUCACCAGCGCCAAGAUGGCGCAGAUUGAGGCGGAGAACCAGCAGCUGGAGCAGGAGAAGGAGGAGCUGCGCAGGAGCGUGGAGCUCCUGAAGGCUUUAAGCAAGAAGUCGGAGCGCCUGGAACUCAGCUACCAGAGCGUGAGUGCCGAGAACCUGCGCCUGCAGCACAGCCUGGAGAGCAGCAGCCACAAGUCCCAGGCCCUCGAGAGGGAGCUGGGCGAGCUGGAGGCCGAGCGCCAGUCUCUGAAGCGAGACCUGGAGGCUCUGCAGCUCACCAACAAGCAGCUCGAGGGGGCCGAGCAGGACAGGAAGGCGCUGGAGCAGGAGGUGGCCCAGCUGGAGAAGGACAAGAAGCUGCUGGAGAAGGAGACCAGACGCCUGUGGCAGCAGGUGGAGCUCAAGGAUGCUGUCCUGGAUGACAGCGCUGCCAAGCUGUCCGCGGCCGAGAAGGAGAGCCGUGCGCUGGACAAAGAGCUGGCCCGCUGCCGGGAUGCGGCCAGCAAGCUGAAGGAGCUGGAGAAGGACAACCGGGACCUUACCAAGCAGGUCACCGUGCACACGAAGACGCUGACCACCCUGAGAGAGGACCUGGUGCUGGAGAAGCUGAAGAGUCAGCAGCUGACCAGUGAGCUGGACAAACUGAGCCAGGAGCUGGAGAAGGUUGGCCUCAGCAAGGAGCUGCUGCUGCAGGAGGACAACAGUCAUGGUGACACAAAAUGCAAGAUUUUAGAAGGCAAAAAUGAAUCAGCAUUGAAGACAACACUGGCCAUGAAAGAAGAAAAGAUAGUGUUUCUGGAGGCCCAGGUGGAAGAGAAGGAAAGCUUGAAUCACCAACUACAGAUUGAACUGCAGAUGGUAAAGGACGAACGGGAUGAGCUCAGGCAGACCCAGGAGGACAGAACGCAGGCACAGAACAUGCUGAAGCACCCUGCGGGCAAGGUGGUCAGCAGUCCCCAAGAGAAAGAGGCCUGGGAGCCCAGCCACAAAGAGGCCACCAUGGAGCUUCUCCGUGUGAAGGACCGGGCCAUCGAGCUGGAGCGCAGUAACGCAGCUCUUCAGGCCGAGAAGCACCUGCUGAAGGAGCAGCUGCAGCACCUGGAGACUCAGAAUCUGGCCUUCAGCAGCCAGAUCCUGACCCUACAGAAGCAGAGCGCCUUCCUGCAGGAGCACACCACCGCACUGCAGACCCAGACCGCAAAGCUGCAGGUGGAGAAUUCCACACUGAGCUCCCAGAAUGCAGCACUUGGUGCGCAGUACACAAUGCUACAGAGCCAGCAGUCGGCCAAGGAGGCUGAACAUGAAAGUCUGCAGCAGCAGCAGGAGCAACUGGCAGCUGCUUAUGAGGCCCUGCUUCAGGACCAUGAGCACCUGGGUGCCCUGUACGAGCGCCAGUCCUCAGAGUAUGAGGCCCUCAUCCGACAGCACAGCUGUCUGAAGACGCUGCACCGGAACCUGGAGUUGGAGCAUAAGGAGCUUGGGGAGAGGCACGGUGACUUACAGAAGCGGAAAGCUGAGCUGGAGGAGCUGGAGAAGGCGCUGAGCACCGAGCGGGAGGCGCUGCAGCGGGAACAGAGGACCAGCGCCGUGGCCUCCAGUGAGAACCAGAGGCUGCGAGGAGAGCUGGACAGGGUCAGUUUCCUGCACCACCAGCUGAAAGGGGAGUAUGAAGAGCUGCAUGCCCACACCAAGGAGCUGAAAACAUCACUGAACAAUUCCCAGCUGGAGCUGAACCGCUGGCAGGCACGCUUCGACGAGCUUAAGGAACAGCACCAGAGCAUGGACAUCUCACUGACCAAGCUGGACAACCACUGUGAGCUGCUCUCCCGUCUCAAGGGGAACUUAGAGGAGGAGAAUCAUCACCUGCUGAGCCAGAUCCAGCUGCUGAGCCAGCAGAACCAGAUGCUGCUGGAGCAGAACAUAGAGAACAAGGAGCAGUACCAUGAGGAGCAGAAGCAGUACAUAGACAAAUUAAAUGCUUUACGGAGACACAAGGAAAAACUGGAAGAGAAAAUCAUGGAUCAGUACAAGUUCUAUGACCCUGCCCCAAAGAAGAAGAACCACUGGAUCGGAGCCAAAGCCCUAGUCAAACUUAUCAAGCCAAAGAAAGAAGGCUCCAGAGAACGGUUAAAAUCCACCACAGAGAGCCCCCCCUGGCAGCUGGAGCCCUCAGACCCCGCCUCACCAUCUGCCUCCCAGAAUCUCAGAUCACAGACGGAGAACUCCGACAACCCCACACCCGGUUUGAACUGUGCAGAACGGGACACCCACAACGGGCCUGUGGGGAAAGGCCCCGGGGAUCAGAAACCAAAGCGAGGGUCCCCCCGAGGAGGCAGUGUUGACCGCACAGAUGCCUCCACUGACCCAGCUGUGAAGUCCUGGCCCUCAGAGCCUGGCUCCCGGACUUUUUCAACCUCAGCCAUCAUGGCAGCCCCUUCCGGCUCCACCCUAGUCCCCAAGCACCCAGGCCGCACCAAAGGUAGUAAUUCAGAUGACAACCUCUGCGAGCCUUCCAUGGAGCCUGAGGCCCCCUACCCCAGGCAGCCGGUGUCGCGGCCGAACAGCUUGGAGAGCAGCAGGAACACAUCCAGCAACAGCUCGCCGCUGAGCCUCAAGGGUUCCUCUGACCGCCUGCACAGCCGGUGGGAGAGCUUCAGCAGCGCAGACCUGAUCCCCAGCAGGGACCCCACCACACUGUCUCGGGAUGCCGGCACCCCAGGACGUGGUGGCCUCAGCCGCCAUGAGUACCCUCCGCUCCGGAAUGGGCCCGUCCCCCAGGACAGUACCCAGAAGAGGGGUGCAGCUCCAGCCCACACUGGGGGGCGGUCCCGCUCGGCCUCACCCAGCAGUGAGAUGGUCACCUUGGAGGAGUUUUUGGAGGAGAGUAACCGCGGCUCUCCGACCCACGACACUCCGAGCUGCCGCGACGACCUUCUUAGUGAUUACUUCCGAAAGGCCCAUGAUCCUCCAGCCACGGGAGGCCAGCCCAGACCACCAGCUAGGAAGGACGGAGCCAAGAUGCCCACCAGCUUUGUGGCUCCCAUCAAGAUGUCAGUCAACACCUCUGAGGGGCAGCAGCUGAAGCCAGGGCAUUAUGUAAAGCCCAGCUUGAGACCAUCUGAGGCUGAGGCCCUAGCUGGGGUCCCUUCCAGACAAGUCCAGCCUCCCCAAAGCCUGUCUCUGGGGAGACCCAGGCAAACCACCAUGCCUUCGACUUGUCACAUGCCUGCCAGCCGAAGCGCAUCUCUGAGUAGAACCUUCAGCCUGGCUUCGGCUGACCUCCUCCGGGCCAGCGGGCCAGAAGCCUGCAGGCCAGAGUCUCCUCAGAAGUCAGGGUGUUGUCCAGAGACUGCAGGAACCAGAGACACAGGCAGCCACAGCCUGCAGGGCUCCCACAGUCUGGCCCGGGAGCGGACUCCACUGGUAGGAAAAGCUGACAGCUCCUCUCCAGGCCCUGGUACUCGUGGCCGGCCACCGGACACAAGGCGCUUCUCCCUGGCCCCCCCAAAGGAGGAGAGGCUGGUCCCCCUGCAGCAGUCUGCCACAGCCCCAGCCCUUGCCACUGGAUGUAGCAGUGGUAGCAACCCCCCGACCCAGCACUUUUCUCCCAUUGUGGCUCCUGCUGUCAGGACAAAACCCAAAGUGCCACCACACUCAGGGGAGGUAGCCACCGUCGCUCCUGUGAGGUCGGGGCUCAGCACCUCGGAAGGAGAUGGGGGCCCAGGACAUGGCUACAGUGAGGGGCUUCCGACCAAAAGCCCUGGUAGAUCUCCUGACUUGGCUCCCCAUGUCAGCCGGGGCCCUGAUGACUUCAAUCAAGGGAGCAGCUCAAAGAGCACACCGGCAUCCCCAGAGCCAGGUGGGGACCCGCAAACAGUGUGGUAUGAGUAUGGUUGUGUGUGACUCUUAUCACUGGAUCUGCACCCUGAACUAAUUGUGCGCCUUCUGAUUACAAUAGCCUUUUCUCCUGUGUGCCCGUGGUGCCGGGAAAGGGUAUGGGAUAGGGAAGGGGUUCCCACACAGUCAUCCUAUUGGUCGAUGGAAACACUGUGCCAAGCCCUAAGAGGAUUACUCUCCAGGGUCUGUAACUUAUCUUCUAUAUCUACAGCUUCCAGCAGCUGCUGUCUUACGGACGAAUCUAUUUAGCACGGGGAUUGCUUAGAAUUCAGUGGCAAAACCAGUUUACGCAGAAACAGACACUACUUGAGUAGGAAUACUCAUUUGCAACCUGUCAGCCUCCGUUAAAGAGUGUCCGCGUAUGCGGAUGCAUGCGUGUGUACCAGGCUCACAAAGAGAGCUAAGUCCCGACAAUGGGUCGGUCUGGAAACUCCACUCCCGCCUAAAAGCCCAGAGCAGGGCUGGCUGUUAAAACCAGGACCAUCAUCGCCAUCCUAUUCCUGGGCUCCAAGCACUUCCCUUGAUAGCAAGACCCAGCUUCAGGAUCAGCCACAGGGUCUGGGCUCUGCUUAGUGGGUUUUGAGGCCACCCAGGGAUGAGCCUUUUGGGACUUCCCAGGCUCACUUUCGUACAAACACUGGAUCUGCUAGGCCUAGGGUGUGAAGCAAAAAGGUGUCCUAUGUGUGUCCCAGGGAGGGACUGUCCGGCAGGCGUAAUUAGUACACAGAAGGAAGACCAAAGCCACACUUACUUUGUAAUGUGGCCAUUGCACCCAGCCUUCCUUAGUGCAGAGGGAAUGUUACUAUUUCUGAAUAACUUUGGGGGUAGAAACCAAAUUUCUUUAAUAUAUAUGGACACACAUGAAUAUAUAUAUAUAUAUACACUUUCGGGGGUCUAUUUAUGUUCCUAUUAUGUUGGAAUUCAUUCUUCAGGGUCUGACCUGCUGUUCGUGUAUUUGGUCCAAUUCCUGACAUGUUUCGUUUCCUAUUGUAAUGGUGCUUUUCCUGGGAUGGACUAAAUGAUUGUUUUUCUGUUUUGAUGUAAUGUGCUGAGAAAGAAACAGGGGAGACCUCUGGAUAUUAACAAGAUCCAUGGGAAGGGUGUUUGGGUUUUAUGUGUUAAAUGGCCGUUCGUUCUGGAAGACAAGGGCAGGGCCGUAAUAAAAUGGUAUGGAACCUG